AUGGUACAACUUUUUUAUUAUGAAAAUCGUGGAGUACCUUGUAGUCAUUUAUUACGUAAUGGUAUGAAAAAAAUUAUAGUUCAAUUGGAAGCAUGUGAAAAUUGGCCGUAUCCAAGUUCUGAAUCAAAAUGGUUAUUAAUAUUUAAUCGAUUUCUAAGUAAUUGGUGUAAAGUCAUUCAAAUGACUAGUGGAGGAACAAAAAGAUAUGAAACUAUUGGACAUGUUACAUUUACUAAAUUAGAAGGUUCAAUGUUUAUCACUGGGAAAUUUAAACAAGAUUCAGCUGGUAAACAACAAAAGAUGCCACAUUUUUGUUUAUUUUUAACUACAAAUAUAAUAGAUGCUGAUUUUUAUCGUGGUUAUUUAUUAACUGGAAUGGUGGAAAGAGGUAAUCGAAAAUUGGGCAUUUGGGAAUCAACACAUUAUGCUUAUGUUAAACGUGAAGGUUACUAA